ACACCAUUCCAUAUAUGAUGCCAAAUCAUGGCAAUCUUCUUCACCCGAUCCGACACCAACCUAAUAAAUCCAAAACGCAUCAACGUAAUAUUACAACACACACCCCAAAAGUUCAUUAAACCUGCGACACACAAUCCCCUUCUCUCAUAUUUAUUAUGAACCCCAUUCCUAUUCUAUAUAGACUCACACUCUUCUUCUUCUUCUUCUUCUCCAUCCAAUCCUACACAGACUGAGAAAAACGCAGACCGGAAAAAAUGGCGUCCGUUUGCGUUUCGAGCUGCGUUAAAGACGUCAGGGCCCCCGUCGUUGUGAGAGCCACCUACGAGAACCUCUACAAAUGGCCGGAAUCCGACGCCGAGUUCAUCCGCUCCGUCACUUCUAACGUGCGCUCCGCCGCCGUCGCCGGCCACCCGAGGGUUGUGGACAGCAUCUCGUGCCGGCAGAUGUAUCUGAGAAGCUACACUUUCUCGCGGGAAGAAGACGGCCGCAAGGAGGAGGAGGAGGAGGCGGAGGAAACCGCCGCCAAGUGCUGCGGCAGAGCGCGGAAAGAGGCGGCGGGGAGAAAGAGGAAAUCAGGAGACGGCGGCGCCGGCGACGGAGGACAUGGCCGGAGAAAAAAGAAAUGUUUUAGGUUUCGACGGGCUAUGGUUUCCAUUUUCCGGAGAUUGCUGUCUUGCACUGCCCAGGUUGACGUGGUUGGUUGAAUAUUAAUUAUUAAUUAAUAUAAUUACUGUAAUAUUAAGAAAUAAUUAUAAGAAUUUAAAAUCCACCCUUUAAUUUAGAUAUCUGAGUUAUUAAGAAUAUAAUUUUAUGUUUCCAUAAUAUUAUAUUUCAAUUAUUAUGUA